AUGGUAUUGAGUUCAUUGAAUAGUAUCGCCAACUUGCUAACAUCCAAUCGUCGCCUACAAAGAAAUCUUGAUCUAUUAUUUCAAUAUGCGUUGAAACUCAAUGUCUUCGAAUGCAUAUUCCGCUGGAACUUUGUAUUUACGGGUGCCGAUCUGGAGGCAUUUAAGUUGAAAGAGCUGCAAUUUUAUGACACUUUAGUCACUGGAAACGGGAAAUAUUAUCUUCGACAUUCGGAGUUUGCCCUGCCCGUACUGGCAACCCUUCAUUAUUGUGCCAUCCGAUCAUGUUUAGCUGUAGAGCGAGUUCUCCUGCGCACACUGAAUUCUAUAUGUGCAGCACUGUGCUCUCAGUCUCCGGAGCCGAUUGUCACCAAUCACAAUCCUUCGCUGGGUGGUGAGAAUCCCGCGCAUUUCGAAAAUGAUGGGUUGCUUUUCUUUCGGCGUUUGUGUUUGGGUUUGAUGGACAGCAAUGAGGUGAAUGGCCGUAGAUCAUCUGCUGAACUCGACGGAGCUGGUCAGACUGUCCUACCUUUGGUCAACCAAACCACAGCAAACAGUUUCAAAUUGAAUGACUAUGUUGACUGGAAUAUGGCCGCAGAAUCGAAAUCCAGUUAUCUAGCGACUCAGACUUCCUUGGAGUCCAGUAUUCACGAAAAGGCUCCAAGUAUCGAUUCCAUCUUUGAUCUCCUUGUACCAUUCGUAUUUCGGGAAGGCGAACUUGGAUGGCAAGCCAGAGAUGCCCUACUUCUGGUCUCAACCUACUCUUUGAGAGAUGAGGGAUUCAGCUAUGCUGUUGCACAACAUUCUUCAGUUUGUCCAGUUCUGGCAACCGGUUUGGCCACGUUGUAUGCGGAACUCCCUCGUCGGUUGGUGAAUAAUAACCUACCCGAAUCGUGGCCGAGUUUGAUGCAAACUCUGGAUGAAUAUGAGCAAAAUUCCCCCAAGUUUUCCGAAUUUUUCGAUGCCUUGGAGUUUUGUCAAUCAGUCUUAGAGGUCGCCCAUCCACUGAUUCAGUCUAGUCUUCUGCAUUAUAUUCAUUCGGGUUUCUUUGUUUCUGUCUUGGGCUUCUCGCUCACAAAAUCAUCUGUAGAAGACGUGGUCACUGCAACAGUCUACCUGAAGCAGCUGAUUUUACACACUACAAAAUCCGCCCUACUCCCUGUGCUUUUGCGUUUCCUACUUACUCGUAUGCCGGAAGAGGUACAAACAAACAAAGUGGAUGAGGAGUUGCAAAACAAAGAUGUCCCUGCAAACCCAGUUCAUGAUUCUAACUCAAACUUGUCCGAUCAGUGCACUGAAGAGCUUGAGAACAUCAAUGGAUAUCCAGGGUCCUACCUCGGUCCGACUUACAUGGAUCUUCUUAUUUCAAGACUUCAGUAUUGCAACACUUUAUUGGGCGUAGCCACCCUAUCCUUAUUUAACACCUUGCUCGGUCUGCACUGUGAAGACGUGAUGUUGUAUCUGGUGUUCAGGUACCUCAUUCCGUUCCGGGACAGUCUACUAUCUCUUGGAUGGCCAUGGCCAGAAUCAAGUUCUUAUGCCCAGGCGGCCGGUGAAUUUUUGGAUCUGAUUGCAGCUUACGAUGAUAUUUCACAUAGCAGUCAUGCUGACAAGUCCCAGUCUGUUGUCGGCCAGUCUACGAGGCAUGCUUUGCACGAAUCGGUGGCAGAACUGAAUUUGGAUGAUGAGCCUGAGAUGAAUGGAGUCGACGGUGAAUGGUCUCCAACGAAUCAUGUUAAAUCAGAGCACCUCAAUUCUGUCGAUGCGUCCUUGUACGUCGUGAAGCACUCCUCCUCCGCGCCAAAGAGCGUUUCGUGCACCAUGGAAGCGCUGAUGCCAGUGCACUCAGAAUUCAUUCUUUCUCCAUCUUCUAAUACGGUUUCUGGUGAAUUCCUGCAGCAGAAUCAACCAUUAAUGCCUUCGGCAGAUCAACCAAUAAGCACUGACGGUGAACCGCAUCGAAGAACCUACCUCACACCAGAUGAUUGGUUUAACUAUACGUCCUGGGCCAGAGAUGCCAUCCGUUCACGAAGCCACGCAUCUGCCGACUGGCGCCUUACUUACGAUUCAGUCCAACCAACGGCCUCACAGCUAGUUGGUUUCGAAGAACAUAUCAGUUCUUUAUUGCCGAUAUGUGAAAGUGAAGUGUCACAACAACAGAUGGCAUUGCAACCAAAUGGCAAUCGAAAUCUCGGGUUCACUCCAUUUCUUAGCGGCACAUUGGCUGCAGCCCAUGCUCAGUUUAACUGCUUCACUAUCAAACAUCCGACAGUUGAACAAAUGAAGGAGAAAGCUGGGGAAAAGACAGCCCACGCUUUGCGAAUGGCUGUCUGCAAACUGGAUAUUGAUGCAGAAUUCGAUCUCGAUGGAUCAAGCAAUGAGGUCCUUCCACAAUAUUCGGAACAAUGUCCCGAACAGUCGUUAAAAGUGCAAGAAGUGAAUCCCUGUCAGUCACAGAGGGAGGGGACAGUGGCUCUGCUAACCGAUACUGGUACUGAUACUGAGGGUAUUGACUGCGAUGAUUCUGGAAUAGAUGUAACGAGACCCCUCCACAAAAGUAGCAGCGAUUAUCAACUACGGCAUUCUGGACUGUUGAAGAAUGACCACACUCAGCACCACGUUAAAUCAUGGUACUGUCUAAGUUACCUGGAUAGUACAUUUCUCGGCUUAAACGCCGAAUAUAUUGAGAAAAUACAGAGCCGUACUGAAGCGAGGAAUAGACUGACUCAGGAAAUUAAUCAACGUUCUUCUAGCCGACGCAGUAUGUCGGAGGAAAACUCCGCAACUAACCAUGACACACAAAUUAUAUCAGGUGGAAGUGAUUCUGAAGACCUGAAUAAGUUUAUUGACUGUCUUAACAAACUGAGUCCUCAGACAUCGAAUUCCGAAGAUGCAUCGCGAAGACACUCACUUGAUUUGGAAAAUUACUUUCGAAGCUCACAGGCUGAUCCGGUCGCAUCAGCUCACGACCAGUCACCCGAUUCCUGUGAUGGACUUGAGGUGCAUGAUACCCUAGUGACCAACGCAUGCUGUAGGAAUUCUUCCAUGUCCAGUGAAGAAACCAAUUUUAAACAAGCUUGCUGCGAGCCAGAAACAGCAAGUUCACGGGAACCUGAAAUCGGUAAUGACGAAGUGUUGAUAAACUCUAACGGAAUGCGCACAGAAUCUACCGGUGAUCUUUAUGAUUCUUGUUUUCCCGAACAGGACAAUAGUACGUUUGGUGUGCACCCUUCUUCACUUCACUCUCUUGGUUUGUACAUUCAGGCAGUGCCCUACGAACCCGUUUACGAUACGGUUAGUUCAUCGUCAGUUCAGUAUUUGAACACACUUCUUAGAAGACAGUCCGCGGGAAGUAGGGCAUUGUCAAUCGACAAAUCAGCCACCAGCCGGAGAACUUCGAGCAAAUCUGAAUCUGGCCUACGUUCACAAGUUGCAUUUCCUACUCUAGGCCCAUUCCUCUCUACGGUAUUAGCAAGAUUGGAAAGUAUGCAACACAACUGUUUUUACGCCAACCUUUACUUGACCAAUCUGCUCUCAAAUCUCGCCGCCUACCCAAUCCCAUUGCUGCGAGCUGUUCUCCUCUAUGCGCCCUCCUCGAAAACCGACGAUCAACAGGACCCUGUAAACUCUGCUGAUCACAAGAGAGUGAAAACGCUACAGGAAACUUUCAACCAACUACCUCAUGCAGCUCUGUCAGCCGUUCGCAAACAACUAGAUGCAUUUGUGCUACAGUACGCAACCUACUCACCGCUUCGAUCUGAAGUGACGUUUAUGGAUCUUGUGGCCGAUGCUAAGCAUUACUUCCGAUCGGCUGCUGAAUCGGCCAAGUCUACGGCUGGUACGAAUGGGUUGUCAAACGGUUACUUGGAAUCCGACCUAGUGACGACUCCAGAAGCUCAUCGUAACCCAUCGUUUUUCCGUCGGCUAUUCAGACUAUCCAGUAGGAGGACCAAAUCCAAAAAUAUCAGUCAGGCCGCACAGAAAGACAAACAUUUUCCUAUAAAUCGCAAUCCAUUCGUGAACGAAGCCAAUCGAACUCGUCUAUCUGCCAGCUUCAAUAGUGAAGAAUGUCCAAGCCGUUUUCUUUGGCUUCCAGAUCCUAGCUUUGACGAGUUAUCCAAUGCGUCCAAUCCGACUAGAAAGCGUUCACGGCGCAAACAACCCAAGAUGUCGAAGUCCAAAUCAUUAAAGCCGUCUUCAAAAGAGACUGUUUCUUGGCAGGAAACAAAAAAUAUGGUUCUAUGCGCCGUUGUGUACGAAGAGUUCUGCAAGGAACUGGCCGCUCUUUGUGUUGAGCACAGUUUGCACAGCUGAAUUAACGACAGGUUCAUUCCUUCUUCUUGAACCUCUGGCGCGUGCUUCUCUUGAUAUGUGCUGUGACUUAUUUUUUAGUCUCCUCAUUUCUUCAGUUAAUUCAUCAAAAAAGCAACUUAUUGUCUUUCAAUAAAAUGAAACCAUGGCUGUGUCUAUCGCCCGAUAUUUUCACAUUUUCAGGCCGCCUAGUUGUUCAUCAUCUACAAACUUAUCACAAUUUUGAAUGUGCAACACUUUUGGCUUGGUGUAUUCUAUGCCUUCUGUCUACCUUUGUUUCGUCCAUUCCAUUUCAUAAGAUAAAAUAAACGAUGAAUAGUUC